AAAAAAAUGUCAACAAACUUUGACAGAUAGUUGACAGCUGUUAAUUUGAAGAAAAGCAGCUUUCUGUUCAGUGACAACACGUUAUAGUAGUAAAUGUAUAUGUUGCUUUACCAAUGUGGUAUGCUAUGGAGAAUGAACAAAAUAUGUAUGCAUUAUCAGAGCGUCUGAUUCGAGCUAUCAGUAAUUGGCAUUUAUGUGUGCCCUCUGUAGACGACAUAGAAGAUCUGAUUGAUGCAGGGGCUGAUGUUAACAGACUGCAUGGUACUUUGUUACCCCUACAUUGUGCCUGUAUGGUGAGCGACAAUGAAACUCUCAAGUUAUUGUUGGAUAAAGGUGCUAGGGUAAAUGAUGCAGAUGGUUACGGGAGAACUGCAUUACAUUAUGCAGCUGAGCGUGAUUCAGUUUGUACAGAAAUGUUGUUAGAACAUGGGGCCAAUGUAAAUGCUGGAGAUGCUAAUUCAAAUACUGCUCUACAUUGGGCAGCAUUCAAGAGCAACGAACCUUGUGUUAUAUUGCUAUUAAAGAAUGGGGCUAAUGUUGAUGCCCAUGAUUUCAAUGAUGACACACCUCUAAGUUGGGCAGCUAGAAAAGGCAGCGUAUCUAUAAUAAAACUGCUAUUAGAUUACAAUGCUUGUGUGAACUGUAAAAAUCUCCGUGGACUUACAGCAUUACACAGAAUAGCAUCGGUAUUAGCCAGUGGCCUCAAUACAGAUGCAGACAGUGACUGCAUGGAGUUACUGCUUAGAGCUGUGGGUCAGUUUGACUUUCGAAAUGAGAACUCGGAACUUCCAGCAGAUUUAGCUAGGGACAAUAAGUUAUGCGAAACACUGUUACCACUCUCACAAAAUGUUCGACCAUUGCAAAAUCUAUGUCGUUUCACGAUUAGGAAAUUGUUAGGCCAAAGAUACUUGCCAAAUGUUGUACCAAAGUUACCUCUUCCAAGAUCUAUUCAAGAGUUAGUCUUAUUAAAAAAAUGAAUUUUAAAUAUUUUAAUCAUAUUGUGGAACAGUACACACCAGGUAUUGUGGGUUCAUUUAUUUUCAUGAGUACCAAUUUUCGUGAAUUAAGGAAUAAUUGUAUUUAUAUCUGGAUAUCUGAUUUCAUGGUUUUACCAAAGUCUGCAUACAUGUACAAGUCUAUAGGAAAUUGUACUCAGUCAACAUUGAAAUUUGUGACUCACCUAUACCAAAGAAAUCCACAAAAAAUGGUACCCAAAAAAAAAAUGAAUCCACAGUAGUCAGGUAAAAUUCCUCUUAAUGGGGAUUUUUUUUUUAUGAUGGAUACUGCUGAAUUUGGCUGAUUCACUCUUAAAUAUCCCUCUGUGUAAUUCAAUAGGCAAUAUUUCAGAGUGAGAAUGGCCUAAAACAUAUGCCCUUUAUCAUACAUUAGGGUCAAAUGAGCCUACAAAUUUUAUUGUUAUUUUUCACAUCAUGACUUGUAACCUACUGCCCGUUGUUGGGGUCAAAAUGGGUUAAAUAUUAAUUGUUAUUAAUGUUUGUUUUUUUUUUUUACUAAAAAGUACCAUAAAUUGUCAUA